GGAAAGCGGUAAAGUAAGUGUUGGGCUGCUGAGCAGUCAGUCAGCUGCUUGUGCUGCCUUACAGCAGGGUGUCAGCUGGGCUCUGCAAACUCACUGCAAAGAUGUCACGGGUGGAAAUUCCAGCAGCAGAUAAACAGAUGGACGAGGCGACGCGCUCCUUCGCAGAGCAGGUCUUUGCCUCUGAGGUCAAAGAUGAGGCAACCAGGGAAGAGAUCUCUCCUUUUGACGUGGAAGAGAUCUGCCCCAUUUCACGCAAUGAGAUGAGAACACACAUGAUGCUUCAGGAGAGCUCCUCUGCAACUGAAAAGCGGAGGAAGCGCAUGCUCAGCCUGAAGACAAUUGCUCUGGCAGUCCCUUUGAUUCAGAAGGCUACAACCGGAUUGUCCACUAUUGAAGAGGUCAUCUCUACCUCCCCCCAGUACCAAUCGGUGCCUGACUUCCAGAGGGUACAGAUCACAGGGGAUUAUGCCUCUGGGGUGACAGUGGAGGAUUUUGAAGUUGUCUGCAAAGGUCUGUACCGUGCCUUGUGCAUCCGGGAGAAAUACAUGCAGAAGUCAAUGCAGAGGUUUCCCAGGACCCCAUCACAGUACCUGCGUGCUAUUGAAGGCGAAACCUGGAGGGCAAGUGAUGCUGGCCCAGUGUUCACCCCGCCAGUGAAGGAUGGACAGGAUCCCUUUGAAACUGGGAGUCUCCCUGAGGACUUGGGAUACCACGUCCAGAUGAAGGAUGGGAUUGUUUACAUCUAUAGUGAUGAGGCAGCAGCUGGAAGAAAUGAGCCCAAGGACCUGCCUUACCCCAGCCUCAAGCACUUUGUUGAUGACAUGAAUUUCCUUUUGGCCCUGAUCGCACAGGGGCCUGUUAAGACCUACAGUCAUCGGCGCCUCAAGUUCCUCUCAUACAAGUUCCAAGUGCAUGAAAUGCUAAAUGAGAUGGAGGAGAUGAAAGAGCUGAAGAACAACCCUCAUCGGGACUUCUACAAUUGCCGUAAGGUGGAUACACACAUCCAUGCUGCAGCCUGCAUGAACCAGAAGCACCUCCUGCGUUUCAUCAAGAAGUCGUACCGUGUGGAUGCUGACCGUGUGGUUUAUGACUCCAAAGGCGAAAAGCUCACCCUGAAACAGCUCUUUCAGAAGCUCAACCUGCACCCGUACGACUUGACGGUGGAUUCUCUGGAUGUCCAUGCUGGCCGUCAGACGUUCCAGCGCUUUGAUAAAUUCAAUGCUAAGUACAACCCCGUGGGUGCGAGCGAACUGCGUGACCUCUACCUGAAGACAGAAAACACCAUCAAUGGUGAAUACUUUGCUACCAUCAUCAAGGAGGUUGGCUCUGAUCUGGAGGAUGCCAAGUACCAGCAUGCGGAGCCUCGUCUCUCCAUCUAUGGGCGAUCAGCUGAGGAGUGGUCCAAGCUGGCCAACUGGUUCAACAGACACAGGGUCUACUCCCCCAAUAUGAAGUGGAUGAUCCAAGUACCCAGGAUUUAUGAUGUGUUCAGAUCUCGGAAUUUCCUCCCACACUUUGGGAAGAUGUUGGAAAAUAUCUUUGUUCCCAUCUUUGAGGCAACCGUCAACCCUCAGGCCCACAAAGAGCUGAGUGUCUUUCUGCGCCACAUCACUGGCUUUGACAGCGUGGAUGAUGAAUCCAAGCACAGCGGACACAUGUUCUCCACUAAAAGUCCAAAGCCAGAGCAGUGGACAUCUGCAAAGAAUCCAUCCUACACCUACUACUUAUACUACAUGUAUGCCAACAUCCUGGUGCUUAACAACCUGCGCAGGCAGCGUGGUAUGAACACGUUCCUCUUCCGUCCACACUGCGGGGAAGCCGGGGCCGUCACACACCUGCUUGCAGCCUUCAUGACAGCAGAUAACAUCUCCCACGGGCUCAACCUGAAGAAGAGCCCAGUGCUGCAGUACCUGUAUUUCCUUGCCCAAAUCCCCAUCGCUAUGUCCCCCCUCAGCAACAACAGCCUCUUCUUGGAGUACGCAAAGAAUCCGCUGCUUGACUUCCACCAGAAGGGCCUCAUGGUGUCCCUUUCUACAGAUGACCCCAUGCAGUUCCAUUACACCAAGGAGGCCCUGAUGGAGGAGUACGCCAUCGCUGCCCAGGUCUUCAAACUCAGCACCUGCGACAUGUGUGAGAUCGCCAGGAACAGCGUGCUGCAGUGCGGGCUGUCCCAUGAGGAGAAAGCCAAGUUCCUGGGUGAGAACUACCCGGAGGAGGGGCCCAAUGGAAACGACAUCCGGAAGACCAACGUGGCUCAGAUCCGCAUGGCCUAUCGCUACGAGACGUGGUGUUACGAGCUCAACCUCAUCGCCGAGGGACUGAAAACCGAGUAGCGCUACGGGCGGACUAUGGGGGCGGCGAUGCCCCCGGACUCAACCGGGGCUGCGGGCUCGGGGCGCUGAGCGGAGGGAGCGGGCAGUAAAACGGAAUAUCUGA